CAUAUUUCCUACUACAAAUUCAACAUUUUCAGUGUAUUCGGUGGAAAAAUGAUCCGAUACUUUGACAUAAUCGUGAAGCCAUACCUGGAACUUAAUCUCUCUGAAACUGAAGUCACCUAUAUUUUAUGUCAAAUCGUCUGGAAUUAUGGCUUUAGGCCACUUUC